GCGCAAUCAGUCAAUGGCCGGCCGCUGGAUGUGUAAGAAAACUAAUCGACUGCUUGAGGAAUAACCAAGUUUGAAAAGAGUGGAAAAAAUAGUAACAAGGGCAUGUAGAUAAAGUAAUUUUAAAUGAAUAUAUUGUAAAUAAUUUUUACUUUGGAAAAACAAACAAUAGUUGUAAUUUAAUGGAACGUACCCUUUAAAUGUUCUAGUGCACUAACGGGGAUAAUUCGCGAAAAAUUGCCGCGUUCAUUCGUACCAAUAAAUAACGUGCACUUCGUUUGCUUCCGUAAAUCUACAUAUAUAUGUACAUAUUUGUUCUCGGCGCGCCAGUGAAUGUAGAGUGGAUUGGGGAUAGUCAAGCAGAAAGCACACAUCAGGCACUACUAAAGCAGCAAAAGCCGAAACGUCAAGAUUCAAGCCAUAUCAAUAAGAUGCUCUCUAAAGUCUUCCGUAUGGUGAUGCUGGGCGCACCAGCCUCUGGCAAAGGCACAAUCUCUAAGCGUAUUGUCCAGAAAUUUGGAUUUGUGCACAUUUCACCAGGUGAUAUGUUACGGUUGAAUGUACUGCACGGCACCGAUUUGGGCAAGAAGGCGAAAAAGUAUAUGGAUGAGGGCAAACUAGUGCCAGAUGACAUAGUGAUGAAAUGUGUGCUGAGUCGCAUAACUGAGGUUGGCAACAAAUCAUGGUUGUUGGAUGGAUUUCCACGAACACUUGCACAAGCUGAACGACUGAAAGCCAGUGAACCAAUACAGGCGGUUAUUAAUUUAGAAGUGCCCCACGAUGUGAUCAUAGAACGGGUGAAAGGACGUUGGGUGCACUUGCCGUCAGGACGGGUGUACAAUGUGGGUUUCAAUGACCCGAAAGUGCCGGGUAAAGAUGAUGUGACGGGUGAAGAUUUGGUGCAACGCGAGGACGAUAAGCCAGAAGUGGUCGCACAGCGCUUGCAAGUUUACGAGGAGAUGUUGCGACCUGUGAUGAAUUACUACCAGGAACAGGAUUUAAUCACCAAUUUCAAGGGUCGCACCACAUCUGAAAUAUGGCCGCAGGUGGAAAAAUUUUUGGCGGAGAAAACGAGAUCAGCUGUGGCGGUGAAUAGCCUAUAAGGUGGUAGGAAUACACCAUAUUGAUGUUACAUACAUAUGUACAUAUGUAUGUAUGUUGUUGUGUGACUGCACAAAGACAUUUUACUUAAAACAUCUUGGAACUAAGAACAAUAAUUGUAACAUUUACUUAAAAAAUAUGUAUUUGUUUUUGUUGUUUUGCCAUUUAGGCAACGAUUAAUAUCGAAAUAUUUUGCUUUAGCAUAAAUAGGCAAAAUAUAAUUUUUAAUUAUGUAGAAACUUAUUUGUACGGAUUUUUUGUGUAUUGUGAGCCGAAAUAAAUGGCAUUUUUUUAAAGAAAUGCAAGAAUAGCUGAAGAAAUAUAUACUUGAAAGCAAGCAUUUUAAUAUUUAAAUAAAAAAUAAAUGAAAUAAACCAAACAA